AUGACGAAUACCCUUGUGGCUGCCGUGCCUCCAGGGUUUCGCCGUGUACCUCCCUCUCUAUUAGCGGUGUUCGCCAUUUCCUGGUGCUUCGGGAGUGCAGCGACUACACCUGCAAUCACUGUAGCUCAUAGCCCGAUCUGGGAAAGAAGCAACUUGGCCGACUUACAGCUGAGCCUCAACAACAAUGGCGGAUCCGUUCGCUCAAGCCGUGUUCCGAGCCACCAGCAGCAGCCGCUGCAGACCCCGCUCACGCCCGUCCCCGCCGUUCCCCCGCUCGCCCCGCUUCGCCCCGGCGAUCCCAAGUCCCCAAAUGCUGCUGCUGUAGUGGCGUCUGCGUUUGGACAGAGUGGGUUGCAGGGGCAGCAGACGCGACCUGCGAAUAACGCCUUUGAAAUUUCUCCACCCACUCUUUCCUCCCUGCCUGCACCUACCGUCUGCCCCUGCCCUGCUGUCACCGAUCCCUACAGCUCACAUUCACUCCGCCUUCCGCGUCUCUUCCUCUGCUCCCUUCCCAACCCGCUGGCCCCUGCUCCUGUUCCUGCUCUUGCUCCUGCUCCUGCUCCUGCUGCUGCUGCUGCUCCUGCUUCUGAUCCCUCUGCACGUUUUGUCCCCUCUGCAACUGCCUCUGCAGCAGCAGCAACAGCUUGA